AUGGCACGGCAUCGCUGCUGGCCAUGGAACUUAACAGUCGGCCUGAUGCUUGCUCUGCAAGCUCAUGGCACUCCCUCGGUAAAUGUGGGCAUCAAUGCAGCUUUCCCUGCUGGCCCAUAUCUCCUUGAACUCUUAGAGACGGCAGCGGCAGAGAAUUCCUCGGCAUAUUUCCCUCUCCUAGACCGAAUUGCAGCUGGAUCCUUUGCUUCCGCCUCUACCGAUGCUGCUUUGUAUUCUGGGGUCCUCGAUGUCUUGCAACAAGAGGGCCUCAUGUCCAGCUCCGAAGCCUUGUCUACAUUCAAGCUUGCUUUGUCGUUGCGAUCGGCUGCCCCUCGGAUAGAAGCUCAUUAUCAGCACUACACAACGGCGGUUGCACCCACAGUUGACGAUUCGGAAUGUGUUAACUGGGUGCUACUGGAGGGAAACCAAUAUUGUACUCCCGAGCUGGAUAAAGUCAACAGGGACGGCCUGCUUACUCUGCAAGCCAAGCACCUGCCAUUCGAUCGAACUCUUGGCACCGGUAAAGAAGCCAUCCUCUACGCCGACCCAACCUCGAGCACAUUUGGGGAGUUUCACAAGGCUCUUUCCAAGGCCGCAAGGGAAGGUUCUUUGAGCUAUCGGAUUAGAUACCGCCGGACUGAGGCAACACAUGCGGCAGCUCUACCAAUAAGCGGGUAUGGUGUUGAGCUCGCACUGAAGAGAACCGAUUACAUUGUCAUCGAUGACCGAUCACACGAUGAUGCAGCUCAUCAUGAGAGCCCUAGUUCAAGCACCAACCUUGAUGACAGUGAGGAUGUUGCCGAUAUCAAGCCUUUAGCGGCAUCAGAUCUCUCGUCACUUGGAAUGAAAGCCGCCUCGUUUAUAUUACAAAGCGACGAGCCGUUGGGUACCCUAAUCAAAUUAACACAGGACUUGCCCAAGUUUCUGACAUCAGUUGUUGCUCACAAUGUGUCUACACAAUUUGAGGAAGAGUUCCAAAACAAUGGCAUAAAGGGGGUGCCGGAUGGAGUGAACGUUCUAUUUGUCAAUGGCGUUCAAGUCAGUGAACGGCAGAUUGAGCCUUUUGCUCUCAUCGACAGACUACGCCAAGAGCGAAAACUGAUUGACGGUUUCCGUACCCUUGGUCUUAGUGGGAAACAGGCGGUAGCUAUUCUUGGACAUCAAGCUGUAUCCAUGGCAAAGGGCUCCAAUGAACCGCUGCGAUAUGACUGGACAGAUCGUCUUGAAGAUGGGCGAGUUUUAAUAUGGCUGAAUGACCUCGAAAAUGAUGAGGCAUACCAAGACUACCCAAAAACAUUAUCAUCUUUGCUCCGAGGAGCAUAUCCCGGACAACUCCCCCCUAUUGCAAAAAAUGUCUUCACCCUCGUGGCGCCUGUCGAUUUUUCAAGCCCAGAAGAUGUAUCAUUCGUUGCGCAACUACUAUCAUUCAUCUCACGAGGCCUUACCAUCAGAUUUGGUCUCGUUCCUUUGGUGUCAACCCCUGAGGCUACCACUAAAGCCAAGAUAGUCUAUCACAUUUUCGAGAAUUAUGGCAUCCACGGCCUUAUCAGCUAUUUAGAGCGACUUCAAGAUCCUGCUGCAGCAUCAACCAACGAGGAGCUUUUCGCAGAAGUAACCAGGGAUCAAAAACCCCUUGAGGAUUCGGAGAAGAUGGAGCUCGUUGAAGUCCUUGAAAAAGAGACCUACGAGCAACAACUCAAACUUGUCCAGAAAUGGAUUGAUCGCUUGAAAGCUGGAACUCCGGUCCGACCGGUAUUUUUCAAUGGCCUGUUAAUUCCACGCGAUGACAACUGGUUGCAGGGACUGGGAAUGCUGAUCGGAGAAGAUCUUCAAACUGUGCAAAAGGGGGUCUUUCAUGGCAUUCUCACUGAUGAUGACUGGGCUCCAGGGAUUUUCCUUGGCAUUGCAAUUACCAGGAGGAACAGCUACAUAUCCCCUGACGAUGAGAAAAAGGGCCUCACGGUGCUCAACAUUAACAAAAUUUAUAAUGAACAUGCAGAUCUGUUUGAGAUCAUCCCGGUCCUCGAUGCCCUUGCGGAAUCGCAAAAGGAAGACUGGGCAGUAGUAACCGUCAUCGCCGAUCUUACAACAACAAGUGGCAAAGAGUUGGUUUUGGCCGCUCUAGAAUUCAAACGCCAUAACCCGGGAGUCAGGCUCGAAUUUGUUCACAAUCCGGUCGCUGCUGUUGCCGCUGCAUCCGUAAAUGCUGCCCUCCGAGCCAACCAAGAAUUGUUGGGCAAUAUUCAGGAUGCAGGCGAGCUUGCAAAAUUGUUGGAAACACAAUCUGAGGACCUUAACGCCAAUUACUUUGAAGUACUAGAGCGAUUCCUUGGUGCUUCUAAGAUUCUUUCGGGAACUCAGAUGAUUAUGCUAAACGGCCGGGUGAUUGGGCCCAUUUCUGGAGAUUCUCAGUUCGAUGUUGAUGACUUUCAACAAUUUCUAGAUGUUGAACGGACAAAGCGCAUCCUCCCUGUAUACGCCGCAAUCGAAGAACUCGGUCUGGGAGAUACACUGUCUACUCCAAUUGACGCUGCUAAAUUAACAUCCAUCACCGCUCUCUCUACCAUCUCCGACCUGCCUGAAGGAAUAUUCGAAUCAACGACAUCUGCCCGAACCACUCUUUACAACACCUGGGAGUCGACUCACACAGUCAUUGAAGUAGGCGAUCAAGAAGCUGCGAGCAUAUACAUAGUUGGCCUCGUAAACCCAGUCAGUGAGCAAGGCCAAAGGUGGGCUCAUAUCUUGAAGGUGCUCUCUGAGCUAGAGGGUGUUCACCUAAAGCUUUUCAUCAACCCUUCGGCAAAGAUCGAGGAACUCCCAGUGAAGCGAUUUUUCCGAUAUGUGUUGGAGUCAGAGCCGUCAUUCAAUGAAAAUGGAAGCGUUAAGAGGCUGGAGGCUACUUUCAGUAGCCUACCCUCUGAAGCUCUGUUGACAACUGCUGUUGAUGUGCCCCCUGCAUGGCUGGUAGCACCUCUGAUUUCGAUUCAUGAUCUCGACAACAUCAAAUUAAGCGCAGUAAAAACCGACGUCCACGCGACUUAUGUGCUGAAGCAUAUUCUUAUCGAGGGACAUUCUAGGGAAGGCAAAGGAGCAGCGCCACGAGGUGCCCAGUUGGUUCUAGCUACGGAGAAAAACUCCCUCGUUACGGACACCAUAGUCAUGUCGAAUCUUGGCUUCUUCCAGUUCAAGGCUAAUCCUGGAGUUUACACCAUCCAGCUGAAGGAAGGUCGCAGCGCCGAGAUAUAUGAGAUCGAAAGCAUUGGUGCCCAGGGAUGGAAUCCUGUGCCUGGUGAUAGCGGCACCGAGCUCGCGUUGAUUGACUUCCAAGGCGUGACCUUGUAUCCCCGUCUCCAAAGACGGAGUGGCAUGGAAAUGGAGGAUGUUCUCCAAGAAAAGGACCCCCAAGAAAAUAUUAUAGUGGCCAAAGGACGCAAACUGGCAGAAGGGCUUUUCGGCGGAAAAUCUAAGAAGAAGUCGCUUUCUGAACAGGAACACGCAGAGAUCAACAUCUUCUCUGUAGCCAGUGGCCAUCUCUAUGAACGGAUGCUGAAUAUCAUGAUGGUGUCAGUGAUGCGCCACACAAAGCACACUGUCAAGUUCUGGUUCAUCGAGCAAUUUCUUUCCCCCUCCUUCAAGGAGUUCAUCCCACACAUGGCCAAGGAGUACGGAUUUAAGUACGAAAUGGUAUCAUACAAGUGGCCCCACUGGCUACGGCAACAGAAGGAGAAGCAGCGUGAGAUCUGGGGCUACAAGAUCCUGUUCUUGGACGUCCUGUUCCCCCUGUCCUUGGACAAGGUCAUAUUCGUGGAUGCUGAUCAGAUUGUGCGCACCGAUAUGAUGAGUCUGAUGAACCUCGAUCUCGAAGGUGCUCCGUACGGAUUCACCCCAAUGUGCGAUUCUCGCACCGAGAUGGAAGGCUUCCGUUUCUGGAAAACCGGAUAUUGGGCAAACUACCUCCGCGGCCGGCCAUACCACAUCUCCGCCCUUUACGUCGUCGACUUGCGGCGUUUCCGAGAGCUCGCUGCCGGUGACCGCCUUCGCCAGCAAUACCACACUCUUUCCGCUGACCCCAACAGUCUCGCCAAUCUGGACCAAGACUUGCCGAACCACAUGCAGUUCCAGAUCCCCAUCCACAGCCUACCUCAGGAGUGGCUCUGGUGUGAGACUUGGUGCAGUGACGAAAGCCUCAGCGAAGCUCGCACCAUUGACUUGUGCAACAAUCCUCUGACAAAAGAACCUAAGCUUGACCGAGCGAGAAGGCAAGUCCCCGAGUGGGUUGCCUAUGAUGAAGAGAUCGCAGCUUUGAGCAAGGUCUCCAAGGGAGAAGCAGGAAUCACCGACAAAGAAAGGCUUUCUGACGAUAGAGACUCGAGAGCAGCAGAGUCGCAUGGCAAGAACACCAAGAGCCGGAACCUAGAGAAUGAAAGGACACACACAAUGGACGAACUGUAA